GUAGCUUGGUGGCUUCGUUAUGAGAUGUAUGAGAACCAAAAUCGGUGUCUCUCUGUUGUGUUGUCACACACUGACGUCGCGAGCAGUCGCGAGUGGCGCUUCUUUCGGUUAGGUUAGAGUUUUGGUUAAAGUUUCUUUUUCUCGACGAGAGUUCGUGCAGCACGUUAGAAGGAUGUCGAAGACAAUGGGGAGGAUGAAGAUGAAGAAGCUGAUCGAGAAGGUCGAUCACUCGUCGAAACUGCGCGUAGACAUUCCCGCGGGGAUGGCGUCGUCUGCACCGCCGCUCGGAUCCCAGCUCGGACAGAGAAAUAUUAACAUUGUAAAUUUCUGCAAAGACUUCAAUAACAGGACAGCUAACAUCAAGGAAGGCAUUCCUCUACCUUGUCGAAUAAAAGUACAUUCAGACAGAACAUAUGAUCUAGUGAUCCACAAGCCACCAACGACAUAUUACUUGAAACAGGCAGCUGGGAUACAGAAAGGAAGAAUGAAGAAAGGUGAAGUAGCUGGCAAGAUAACUCUGAAACAUUUAUACGAGAUCGCCAAGAUCAAAAUGGAGGAUCCGCCCAAUGCGUUGCUGUCUCUAGAACACAUGUGUCAAAUGUUGGUCGGUAUUGCUCGCACAUGCGGCAUCGAGGUCGUACGAGAGAUAGACCCGGAGGAAUACGCGCAGUUUUUAAAGGAUAGGGAAGCGUUUAUCGCGGAGUAUUGCGAGCAGCUUCGGUCAGCUAAAGAAAGCAAAUUACUUAGAACAAAUUAAUUUGUAAAUAGGAUAUCUAAAUCUUUAUCUUUGUUGUAACUCUUGUACAUAUAUGUAAUAAAAAAUGUGUUCUUUUAAUGGAUGCAUACUUAUAAAAAAAAAAAA